UCAGUUUGCGCAUACGGUACGGACGGACCUUGUGGCGGUGACUGUGAUUCGUGUGACUCAAAUCCAUCAGUCAGUUUGGAGAACCUCAUUUGCAGGAUUUUUGAGGAAGGCAAAACUUCAAGCAGUUCUGGUCAUUUUUCUCCGCUGGGGAAUGAAGCGACAUGUCGGCCACGCCGAGACUGCUCCAAGCAGUACUCCAGCUCCGAAGUCAGUGGCCAUGGCGGAGAUGAAGAAAAAGAAGAAGCGUGUGUCCUGGUCCGAUGAUCGCGGGGGCUUCCUCAGUUCAAGCCUGGACAAAGAAGAUGUCUUUGAGGAUGGAAGUAUUGGACCCCUUCUCUCCCUCCUGUUGCUGGUCAUUCCCAUGAUCCACCUGUACGUCUGUCCAUUCACAAAAGUGGAGGAGAGUUUCAACGUGCAGGCGAUGCACGACAUCCUCUACCACCGCUCUAACAUCAGUGCAUACGACCAUCUGGAGUUCCCAGGGGUGGUUCCGAGGACCUUCCUUGGACCUGUGGUGGUGUCGGCUCUCUCGUAUCCAUUUGUAACGGCAGCAUCAAUGUUGGGGGCAUCUACAUUUGUCUCACAGUAUAUUGUCAGAGCUUGUCUGGGCCUGCUGGUCAUACACUCCUUCCGGGACUUUUGCGAGCAGGUGACGUGGAAGUUUGGCCACAGCACGGCGAAGUAUCUCGUCCUCAUCACGCUGUCACAGUUUCACUUCAUGUUCUACAUGACAAGACCCCUGCCCAACGUCUUUGCCCUAGCCAUUGCUCUCCGGGCCAUCAGCUCCUGGAUGCAGCGGGAUCACCGCGACUUCAUCCUGCUCUCGGCUUUCGCCAUCUUGGCCUUCCGCUUCGAGCUCUGCCUGCUGCUGGGCCUGAUGCUGCUAGAGGAGCUGCUGUCUCGCCGGCUGGGCCUGGUGUCGCUCUUAGGUUGGGGGACUGUUGGUGGUGUCCUGAGCCUGGGUGCAACCGUGCUGACAGAUUCCUUCUUCUGGCAGUAUUGGUUAUGGCCCGAAGGCGCAGUGUUGUGGUACAACACUGUACUCAACAAGAGCAGCAACUGGGGUACAUCUCCUUUCAUGUGGUACUUCUACUCGGCAAUACCCAGGGCCAUGGCUGCGAGUCUCAUGUUGGUUCCCGUUGGCUGCUUCGUGGACCGGCGGGUCUGGCGCUUUCUCUUACCACCGAUGGGUUUCGUUUUCCUGUACUCGUUUCUGCCGCACAAAGAAUUACGAUUCAUCAUCUACGUGUUCCCCAUGCUAAAUACCGCUGCGGCAGUUGCAAUAUCUUAUAUAUUUAGGCAUUUCAGCAAGUCAGUGUUCAUGAAGCUACUGGCCGUAGGGGUCAUAGGACAUUUCCUGGUCAAUAUGGCAGCCACCCUAGCCUUCUUGGUGGUUUCCCAUCACAAUUACCCCGGUGGGGUCGCACUCACCAAGCUUCAUGAUGCAGUACCUCAAGAUACAGCUCAUGUUCACGUCCACAUUGAUGUUGCAACAGCCCAGACUGGUGUAACCAGGUUCACUCAAGUCAACAGACAUUGGAUAUACAACAAGACUGAAAACUUGCCACCUGGGGGGCCGGACGUAAUGGCCUUCACCCACCUCUGCGUUGGUGCCUCAUCCCGGCCGGACGUCAGCAGUGCCGUCAGGCCCUAUCGCUCCACCCACAACAUCGUGGCUGUCGUACAGGGCUUCUCUGGCAUUAGCUUGCGGGAGAGCCCUUACAUCAAGAUGGAGCCCAAGAUCUACGUCUUGGAAAAGAGAAGUCCAAGGUGAAAUUCCCCGAUGAGGUUUUUUUGGUGGAAGUGGUUGAGCUGGGUUCAAAAGUCUUUUUUUCCUCUAUAAUUCUUUUUUCGUUUUCAGUCUUUCAAAAGAUUCUUUGAUAGUUGAAAUGCCUUGUUGCUUUUAACAAUACUGUUCGUUGGUGCUAGCAUUUAAACUUACUUCUUUACUUGAUGUUUCUCGAGAUUUUUAUCAUCAAUACACAUAAUGCAAUAUUGACAAGACACUUUCUUUACUACUUUGAGGAACCCACUAAAUGCUGAGGUACCCAAGACCAACUCAUAUAAAAGUGACAGUUUUGUUUAUUUUCAAAUUAUUACCAAAUUUUAGAGUGGCAUUUUUUAUGUAUACCAUUAUAAACGCUGCUUUCUUUCAAAACAGUAAAGUUUGUAGCUUCCUGCAAGAAGGUCUAAAGUAAGUCAGUCGUGGAUUUGCCACUGUAAAAACUCUAUCUGCCUGUGUAAGGUACUGCGUUAUGCUACUGCCACAUGUCUACUCAGGCUCCAGUCUGCGUUUAGCAAGACUUGCUUUCAUAGGUUUUUUUUUCAACACUACGCUUUGUCCUCUGCCUCAGGCUUUGCCUCGUUUGAACCCCCUGACUAUGAAUUGUUUUGGCUCAAUAAUUUGUCUAGUGGUGCCUACAAAACAUUGUACAACAUGCCACAGAGCCAAAUAUCGAGGUACAGUCUAUUUCUAUUUAAUUGAAAAACACUGUUGGCCUCCAUUCGGGGAUUGCUUUUAGAGACAAAGCUGAGUAUUGGAAAAGUGCCCCGGUUAGAAAUGUUUCCUUGGUAUUUGAAGUGCAGUCUGUGAAAACCAUUGACAUCAUUAAAAUGUAACAUUGAUGGCGGAUCAUUUUUUAUGGGGGGGAGGCAAUGGAUGCCAUGGCCCUCUUCCGUAAAAGAAAAAGAGUACAAUUAUUUUGUUAAAUAAGAGAAAGGCAAUUUUGGGGGUCUUUCUUCUUUUCCUUCCUUCCAAAAGCAUGUGAAAAGCACCGUAAAGAUAGUUCAAAAAGGGUUGUUUGAGAAAAAUCUAACACUUUUGGCCGCCACCCACAACAAAUUCCAAUUGGGACUGCCCCCCCCCUCCAAUUUCACAGCACUGCCAAGCGGCAAUGCUUGCAAAGCAGAGACUAGUUGAGUACCAGGCACGUACGAUGCAUGGCAUGACUUUUUUGAGCUAGUAACUUUUAACUAGCCAAUACUUGGCAAAUUUCCAAACAAGGGUAAUUUAGCACUGGGUGAGAACUUUUCAUCCUCCUCUUUCCAAAAGUGUGUAAAAAGCUGCAGAAUGUGGCCGUGCCCUUCGUAGGCCAUUAAAAUGUACAAAGAUAUUCCAAAUUUGUUUGCAUUCAACCCCUCCCCCCCAAAAAAAGGCCAUCUGAAAAGCUGGCUCUGAAUUUGCCUUUUGGCACAUCAAAUGUUUGAAAUUUGGCGUUUCGCAUAAGAACCAGUAAAAGGGCUAGCCUUCCUCUGCUCGUAACUUUGAAGUCAUAUUUAAAAGAAAACAUGUUUUUCUAAGGUUGAGUGGAAGAUUUGAAUGGCAAAAGUAGUUGUAGUUGGCUAUUCAUACAAUACCCAGUUAUUGGUGUAGUAUCUUUGAAGUGAUCAAAGCACAAAUUUAUCUUGAAAAAUGCUGCCUUCAUGUUCAACAAGUGAGCCUUGAUAUUUUGUCACAAUUUUUUAAAAGUAUGAAUUAACUGCAUGCUUUGGUUUUCAAAGUUUCCCAGUUGACUGAAAGCUUGCAGCUUAAAAUAAAUCUUGAUCUGUCACGUUCCUUCUUGCGCACAAAAUUUGCUGAUUUGAACAUUUUGCUCCGUUUUUAUGCUUUUGAGAAUGCAAGAGUGUAUUUUAUGCACCAUGAAUGGAAAUUUGUAUCAGAACUAAUAUAUUAAUGACUUUCUAAUGAAUUUUCAUUCAUUUGAUACAAUCAUGCAAUGGAAAUAAAACACAAUUUGCAGAAAUA